AUGAUUAUGAAGAAGAGAGGAAGAGAAGAAAAAGAAAAGAAUUCGUUAGGAAAGAAACAAAGAAGCAUAUAUAGAAGAGAUGAAGAAUGGGGAUGGAUGAGGGGUAAAUUGUUGGGAGUUGGAGGUUAUGGCUCUGUUUCCGAAGCGAUUAUCCCUGGCGAAGCUCGUUCUAGACCACCACAAUUUAAAGACUUCCCGUCACUUUUGGCUGUAAAAUCUGCUCAUCCAGGUUCUUCUUAUGCCGACCUCAUAAUGGAAAAGGUUGUUUAUACGUCUUUGGGGUCCAGUCCUCACAUCCUCAAGUUCUACGGCCACGAUCAUACAUUUUCUGAAGAACAUGAUGGAAACUAUGGCGGAAUCAUUUAUAACCUGUUUUUGGAGAAUGCCUUGGGUGGAUCAUUGAGUGGUUUGAUUGAGAGAACAAAGGUUGGGUUGCUUGAGUCUCAAGCAAGAGUACACACUCGCUCUAUUCUUAAAGGAUUGGAGUUGAUACACCAUAAGGGUUUUGUCCACUGCGAUAUAAAACCAUCCAACAUUUUGAUGGUUCAUUGUGAUGAUGAUAAUCCUCAUGGUGUGGAUGGUUUGGUUGCCAAAAUUGCUGAUUUUGGUCUCUCUAAGAGAAGUAAUGAUGAUUUUGAGAAACGAGUGAGAGGUACUUCGUUGUAUCUGUCUCCAGAGAGUGUUUGCGAAGAAACUCAAGACCAGGCCUCUGACAUUUGGGCUCUUGGGUGUGUUGUUCUUGAGAUGUUGACUGGAAGUACGCCAUGGGAUGUAAAUUUGGGGCAGGAAGAGCUGUUCAGCAAGAUUUCUACUGAAACACCUUCUCUACCAUCUUACCUUACUUCCACUGCUCAAGAUUUUUUACUUGAGUGCUUCACCAGAGACCCCAAUCAGAGACCUUCUGCUCAGAUGUUGUUGAAUCAUUCGUUUGCUAUGAAAUGGGAAGAGGAUUCCGAAGAAGAAGACCCAGAAGAAGAGGAUUCUGAAGAAGAAGACCCAAAAGAAGAUCCCAAAGACGACCUAGUAAAAGAUCCCGAAGAAGAGGAAGAUCCUGAAGAAGACCCAGAGGAAGAUCCUGACGAAGACCCAGAAGAAGAUCCCAAAGAAGAGAAUCCUAAAGAAGACCCUGAAGAAGAUCCCGAAGAAGACCCAGAGGAAGAUCCUGAAGAAGACCCAGAGGAAGAUCCUGAAGAAGACCCAGAGGAAGAUCCUGAAGAAGAUCCAGAUCCCAAAGAAGAGGAUCCUAAAGAAGACCCUGAAGAAGAUCUCGAAGAAGACCCUGAAGAAGAUCCCGAAGAAGACUCUGAAGAAGACCCUGAAGAAGAUCCCGAAGAAGACUCUGAAGAAGACCCUGAAGAAGACCCUGAAGAAGAUCCCGAAGAAGACCCAGAGGAAGAUCCCGAAGAAGAUCCUGAAGAAGAGGAUCCCGAAGAAGACUCGAAAAGCUGA